AUGGCAGAUGCCGCAUCUUUUGGGGGGCUCUGUCCCGCCGAAAAUAUGUACCUGCCCUACAACCCUCGUGGCAUCACCCACCUAAACCUGCUCCCCGGCAGCCUCAAACUUGGCGUGGCACAAGGAGAGUGCGAAAACAGCAGAGAAAACCGGUUUGGCGAAGCACAAGAGGCGGGAUGUGCAGGCCUGCAUCAGAAAGGGGUGCCUAUAGAGCCAGCA